AUGCCAGUUACUGUCGAGGAAGUCGUUUUGAGGUACCUUGAAGCCACAUGUCCUAGCGCUGCCGAGGCAUUCAAAAACAGAGUUCCGCUGCAGAAUCAUCAAGAAAAAAACCAGAAUAACGCGAGUGGAGCAAUCAUUGAAGAUGCCGUGCGAUUAUACAACAAUCAGGAAACCUCCGUUCAUACCGACGAAGAAAAUGAACCUCUUUACAAACUCCUAGGAAAAAGAAUAGCUGAAGACUGUGACGUGAAAAAAAGUGAACAGGCUCGAAAGAAAGCGCGCACUGAGACAUCAGAAAACAAAAGAAAAGCAAAAGACAUCGAGAAUAAAGGUAAAGUAACACCGAAGAAACCGGUGGCACCUGAGAGCUCUUCUGAUGAUGAUGAUGAACCCGUUCGGAAACCAUUGGUGAAAGCCAAUAGUUCACCCAAGAGCAACGCUGCAGUGAAGAAACCGGUGGCACCUGACAGCUCUUCUGAUGAUGAUGAUGAACCCGUUCGGAAACCAUUGGUGAAAGCCAAUAGUUCACCCAAGAGCAACGCUGCAGUGAAGAAACCGGUGGCACCUGACAGCUCUUCUGAUGAUGAUGAACCCGUUCGGAAACCAUUGGUAAAGGCCAAUAGUUCACCCAAGAGCAACGCUGCAGUGAAGAAACCGGUGGCACCUGACAGCUCUUCUGAUGAUGAUGAACCCGUUCGGAAACCACUGCUGAAAGCCAAUAGUUCACCCAAGAGCAACGCUGCAGUGAAGAAACCGGUGGCACCUGACAGCUCUUCUGAUGAUGAUGAACCCGUUCGGAAACCAUUGGUGAAAGCCAAUAGUUCACCCAAGAGCAACGCUGCAGUGAAGAAACCGGUGGCACCUGACAGCUCUUCUGAUGAUGAUGAUGAACCCGUUCGGAAACCACUGGUAAAGGCCAAUAGUUCACCCAAGAGCAACGCUGCAGUGAAGAAACCGGUGGCACCUGACAGCUCUUCUGAUGAUGAUGAACCCGUUCGGAAACCACUGCUGAAAGCCAAUAGUUCACCCAAGAGCAACGCUGCAGUGAAGAAACCGGUGGCACCUGACAGCUCUUCUGAUGAUGAUGAACCCGUUCGGAAACCAUUGGUGAAAGCCAAUAGUUCACCCAAGAGCAACGCUGCAGUGAAGAAACCGGUGGCACCUGACAGCUCUUCUGAUGAUGAUGAUGAACCCGUUCGGAAACCACUGGUAAAGGCCAAUAGUUCACCCAAGAGCAACGCUGCAGUGAAGAAACCGGUGGCACCUGACAGCUCUUCUGAUGAUGAUGAUGAACCCGUUCGGAAACCACUGCUGAAAGCCAAUAGUUCACCCAAGAGCAACGCUGCAGUGAAGAAACCGGUGGCACCUGACAGCUCUUCUGAUGAUGAUGAUGAACCCGUUCGGAAACCAUUGGUGAAAGCCAAUAGUUCACCCAAGAGCAACGCUGCAGUGAAGAAACCGGUGGCACCUGACAGCUCUUCUGAUGAUGAUGAUGAACCCGUUCGGAAACCAUUGGUGAAAGCCAAUAGUUCACCCAAGAGCAACGCUGCAGUGAAGAAACCGGUGGCACCUGACAGCUCUUCUGAUGAUGAUGAUGAACCCGUUCGGAAACCAUUGGUGAAAGCCAAUAGUUCACCCAAGAGCAACGCUGCAGUGAAGAAACCGGUGGCACCUGAGAGCUCUUCUGAUGAUGAUGAUGAACCCGUUCGGAAACCAUUGGUGAAAGCCAAUAGUUCACCCAAGAGCAACGCUGCAGUGAAGAAACCGGUGGCACCUGAGAGCUCUUCUGAUGAUGAUGAACCCGUUCGGAAACCAUUGGUGAAAGCCAAUAGUUCACCCAAGAGCAACGCUGCAGUGAAGAAACCGGUGGCACCUGAGAGCUCUUCUGAUGAUGAUGAUGAACCCGUUCGGAAACCACUGCUGAAAGCCAAUAGUUCACCCAAGAGCAACGCUGCAGUGAAGAAACCGGUGGCAUCUGAGAGCUCUUCUGAUGAUGAUGAUGAACCCGUUCGGAAACCACUGGUGAAAGCCAAUAGUUCACCCAAGAGCAACGCUGCAGUGAAGAAACCGGUGGCACCUGACAGCUCUUCUGAUGAUGAUGAUGAACCCGUUCGGAAACCACUGGUAAAGGCCAAUAGUUCACCCAAGAGCAACGCUGCAGUGAAGAAACCGGUGGCACCUGAGAGCUCUUCUGAUGAUGAUGAUGAACCCGUUCGGAAACCACUGGUGAAAGCCAAUAGUUCACCCAAGAGCAACGCUGCAGUGAAGAAACCGGUGGCACCUGACAGCUCUUCUGAUGAUGAUGAUGAACCCGUUCGGAAACCACUGGUAAAGGCCAAUAGUUCACCCAAGAGCAACGCUGCAGUGAAGAAACCGGUGGCACCUGACAGCUCUUCUGAUGAUGAUGAUGAACCCGUUCGGAAACCACUGCUGAAAGCCAAUAGUUCACCCAAGAGCAACGCUGCAGUGAAGAAACCGGUGGCACCUGACAGCUCUUCUGAUGAUGAUGAUGAACCCGUUCGGAAACCAUUGGUGAAAGCCAAUAGUUCACCCAAGAGCAACGCUGCAGUGAAGAAACCGGUGGCACCUGACAGCUCUUCUGAUGAUGAUGAUGAACCCGUUCGGAAACCAUUGGUGAAAGCCAAUAGUUCACCCAAGAGCAACGCUGCAGUGAAGAAACCGGUGGCAUCUGAGAGCUCUUCUGAUGAUGAUGAUGAACCCGUUCGGAAACCAUUGGUGAAAGCCAAUAGUUCACCCAAGAGCAACGCUGCAGUGAAGAAACCGGUGGCACCUGAGAGCUCUUCUGAUGAUGAUGAUGAACCCGUUCGGAAACCAUUGGUGAAAGCCAAUAGUUCACCCAAGAGCAACGCUGCAGUGAAGAAACCGGUGGCACCUGAGAGCUCUUCUGAUGAUGAUGAUGAACCCGUUCGGAAACCACUGGUGAAAGCCAAUAGUUCACCCAAGAGCAACGCUGCAGUGAAGAAACCGGUGGCACCUGACAGCUCUUCUGAUGAUGAUGAUGAACCCGUUCGGAAACCACUGGUAAAGGCCAAUAGUUCACCCAAGAGCAACGCUGCAGUGAAGAAACCGGUGGCACCUGACAGCUCUUCUGAUGAUGAUGAACCCGUUCGGAAACCAUUGGUGAAAGCCAAUAGUUCACCCAAGAGCAACGCUGCGGUGAAGAAACCGGUGGCACCUGAGAGCUCUUCUGAUGUUGUGGAAGAUUUUGGGGUGACCGGUAGAAAGAGGUCUCUAUCACAUUAUGAAGGUGAGAGUGAGGAAAUUUUGAGGAAGGUGCCACGUGUUGAAGCUGUCGAUUCGUAUCGAAGAGACAGGAAGCAACCAGUGGUUGGGAAGUGCGAUGAUUUUUCUGUUCGUGGAUCUGGGAGUGUCCGUCGGCCAUUUCAACGUAUUGAUCCCACGAAGGUGGCGUUCGCUAGUAAUGAUCUGAGGGAUAAUGGGCCCAAAGCUGAGCAUAUGGCGUUGCGUCAAAACCAGGAAAUGAUGCGUGUGAAAGGGAAGAGCUUUAAUAAAUUGAAACAGAAAAACAAGGCAAAACUUUAUGCCUCCGGUGUUGAUGUUUCCGUAAGGUCGUUUCAGUUUGAGGACAGUGAAUAG